AUGUUGCUGCUCGCCUUGAGAAGCUUUUUCUUCGUGGCCGUCAUCAUCGGCUACAGUUCCGGCAUCUGGCGGCUCAUCAAUGACUACUUCCGGCAGGAGUUUAAAACUUUCCUCGAUGAAGAGGUGAAAAAGAAUCAGUAUUUGCUAAUGGAUCCCGUCAAGAUUCAGGAGGCAGCGGCCGCGGCAGCAACGGUGAGUCCACCCAAGAUUGACAAAGCGACGAGCGAAGUGAUGCAGCAACCGGACAGCAAGGAGGCCAAACAAUCAUCCGGUUCGGUGACCACCAACCGACUGCUGGACGAACUGAUUGUCAGUUUCGGGCGAAUGUUCACCUCACGGAACGGACUGGGACGGAUGACGCCGGAGCAAGGAUCUAACCCAUCGGGCAGUAGGUCAACAGUCGAGGAUAGCCGCCUUCCGGAAGCGAUGGCGGCACCCGCUGUGAAAAUCGAUACCGAAACAAAGACCAACGAGGGCGUUAAUGAGAUUUUGCAAACUUCCUCCACGUCGCCAUCUCACGGCGAAACGGGUGACGAAUGGAUUAGCUAUUGGAAAAGUAGGCGGGGAAGUAGCCUGCCCAGUGAUGCCGAUGGUGGUCACUACUGUAAAGUUAGCCCGUCGUCAUCAUCGGCGUCGUCGUCAUCGGCAAUGGAGGAAGGCGUCGGUUUCGCCGGUGACGGUGAUUGUGAGCUGACGUAGUUGAGUGCUUUUUUCCGGAACAGAGCGAGUGACGUGAUAAGGUUAAAAACUGUGAAACAUAAUUGAAAACAAUUUUGAGUGUACGGGGACGGGCGAAGUCAAUCGCUCUUUAGUCGUGGCGAAAGUGCUUUUAUGUUGAACUAUUCGGAUCAGUGACGCGAGAGAGAAGAACAACUUUUACAGGCCGUUGUUCGGUAAUUUUUUGUGUUAGCAUUAAGCAGAGACUAGGUUAGUGAAUGUACGAUAAUUGUAGCAUUUGGAUAUAAAUUUUAGUUACGUACUAGAAUAGACAAAAGAAAUAAAAAUCUAGUAAUUUUAUCACUUAA